AAUUCAGCCGCUUCCUAGAGUUUGUUGUUGAACGUGUUGAACUUUUCUGCUCCCAUUCAGAGUGUGACGAGUGAUAGCGAUUACAGGUAACGGCGCAACCUUCUUCACGGGGAAUCUGCGCCAAUCGAAACGGCAAGUUGAUAGGUUCAACACACUCUGCGCCGCUUCGCAAGCCGUAGAAGAUAAGGGAAUCUGCGGGAUUCAUCAAACAAAUCCUCUCAUCCGGCUUUUGUACGCUUUGUGAACGCCUGGAAGGAUGCCAUCGAAAAAGAAAAAGUAUAAUGCCCGCUUUCCGGCGGGACGCAUCAAGAAGAUUAUGCAAACAGACGAGGAAGUAGGAAAGGUGGCACAGGCUGUUCCGGUCAUAAUCUCUCGCACACUGGAACUGUUCGUCGAAUCGCUACUAACGAAAACGAUGAAAAUCACCAACGCGCGUAAUGCCAAAACAUUGUCGCCGUCGCACAUGAAGCAAUGCAUCGCGUCCGAGAGUCGGUUCGAUUUUCUGCGCGAUUUAGUAAAAAAUAUCCCAGAUAUUGGCACCAAUGAGGAACUGUCUGGUUCGGAGGCCGGAUACGGUAACGAGGGCGCCUCACCCGCAUCGACAUCAACAUCCUCGUCGAACGGUGGCGGCCUGGGAGGAGCGUUACUGUACGAAGGGUCGACACAGGUUGCCGGCUCAUUUCAACGGUCGGAAUCAUACUCACCGGGAACGACAACGGUUUCCACUGCGACGAAACGGGGCUUCCCGGGCCCGGGUGGUAGUUUAAACUUUUACAAAGAAAUACCACUGGAAGAAAGUACCGACAGUCCGCCGCCCCCGAAGCUUACCCGUCUCAAUUCGGCACCCGCCAGUUCGGCCGUACCCGUGAUACCGUUCAAAAUAGACAUACUUCCCGGCAUAGCCUCACCCACCGUCUCCGCGGUGGAUCCUGUCAUCAAGCUGGACUACUCGAACCUGCAGCUACCGACGGUGGCGACGGGCACAGUUAUCGCGGCAACCAAAAACCCCACCGAAGCGGCUGCUCAGCCAACGGUUAAAAUCGAUCUCAGGCUGGUGACGGUGACGGCUCCCGCAAAGCACGUGCCUUCUACGAUCGUGACACGAACGACGGAAAGACAGCAGCACCAGCCUACUACAAAUGUAGGCACCGUUUGCGUUUCGCCCGGAGGUGCCAUCGGUUCGUCCACCACGAGCAGCUUUAGUACCUCAGCACAGUCCACACCCACGACGCCGGUCCUCCCAAGCCCGGGCCCGACAACGGCACCUCCCAUCUUUUCCGCGAUCUCCUCCACGAUCCCCGGCAUGGACGAGGAUUAUGACGACAUCUAAAAGUGUCGCCGGAUGUUCAUCAUUAAAAGGUUAUGUUGGUUCAUUUGCGCAUUUAUUUGUGUGUGUGUAAGAGAGAGAUAUUCUUUUUCAUUGCAUUACCCCAAAAACUGUUUGGUUUUUUUAUCAUGAAUUUGCUUAUGCUGAUAGCGCAGAAAACAUCUCUCGACAAACAAACAAAGAAAAACCUGGCCAACGAGCUCCAAACCACACACAUAACAGCGGUGGCCAUGCCCCAGACUAAUGGUUACGAGUUCUGUACAUAGUUUUCGUUGUCAGUAACUGACGAGCGGUUCUUCGGCGAGAUGGCUUCAAACUGUAUCCCCCAGUUGUGCCUAUUAGAGUGUGUAAAUCUUUGAACGGACACGCGUGAUGGGCCGUUUUGAGAGCUACAAAGGCUAUCUUGGAUAGUGAGAAACUUGACUUUCUAUGCCGAGUACCCUGUGCCGUUUUUAACAAUGGUUUUUUGUAAUUGCAUGUGUCACCGUCGUGAUGGUAGCUCUACCGACUGUGUUCUUCACUCUUCACUAUUAGUUUGAAUUAAACUUGAGACACGAUGGAAUAA